UUGAAGUCGUCGAUGUUGCGAUACGGCUCGUUGAAGCUAAUAUAUCACGUGAUCUUUAAAAGUGGCGUACCGGAAUUAUUGUCGGGCCGGUACAUAAGCGCUAGGCCUAAAGUGGUCGCGACCAUAAUCUUAAUUUUAUUGACGGCGAGAUUUGAGAACAAUUUGGAUUUUUUAGGUGAGGAUCGGAAUAUUUGAUUAAGUUGAAAGCGCAUAAGUCUAUUGCCAAAAUAUAAUCUUUGUCAUCUUCGAAUUCUAGAGCACGACUAUACCAGCGAUCCCCAACUCAUGGUAGGGCUAGUACGUCACCGCCGGAACCGAUCCCGACGCUCUUAGCUUGUGGGACCACACAUCAGGCGCGGCCAAAAAGAUAUCUCCCCAUAUAUACCCCAUAUAUACCCCCCUUCCAAACAAUCAUAAUCACCCUGCGCGCAUCAAACCUGAGAUACCCAAACCUUAACCUUACUCCAAACAUCCCAUAUACCUCCAGCGCCCAUCAUGGCCGACGAAUCCACCGCCCCCGCCACCACGGCGCCACCACCCUCCUCCACCCCCGAAAUAACACUCUACUGGCUCGAGCAAUCCCGCUCCCAACGCAUCCUCUGGCUGCUCACCGAGCUCUCCCUCCCCUACAACCUAACCGUCUUCCACCGGGACCCCAAAACGCACUUCGCCCCCCCCGAACUAAAAGCCAUCCACCCCCUCGGCAAGUCCCCUGUGAUCUCCAUCAAGCCCGUCCACGGCGGCGCAGACGUCGUGGUCGCGGAGAGCGGUCUCAUCGCCGAGUACCUGACUGAGCAUUUUGGGGCGGGGACGACGAUGGCGCCGGUGCGGUGGCAGGAGGGGAGGGAGGGGGUGGUUGGGGGGGAGACGGAGGCGUGGAUGAGGUAUAAGUACCUGCUGCAUUAUUGUGAGGGGAGCUUGAUGCCGUUGCUUAAUGUUUUGUUGGUUUCUAUGAACAUCAAAAACGCCCCCGUCCCCUUCUUCAUCCGCCCCAUCACCACCCGCGUCGCCAGCGGAAUCAGGACGAACUACCUCGACCCCAACUUCGCGACGCACUUCGCCUAUCUCGAGGAGCAGCUCAAGACCUCUCCAGGAGGCGGAAAAUACCUGUGUGGCUCGCACCUGACCGCAGCGGAUAUAUUGAUUAGUUUCCCCCUGAUCGCGGCGAAGGGACGGGGAGGGUUGAUUCCGGAGAAGAAGUACCCGCUGUUGAGGAAGUAUGUGGAUAUGUUGGAGGAGGAGGAGGGGUAUAAGAAGUCGAUUGCUAAGGUGGAGGAGGUGGAUGGGAAGUUUAGCGCUAUGAUUUAAGGGUGAGGGGAAAGGGAUGUAUUAGUAAUUGGAUUGGUGGG